AUGACAGGGAGGCGGAUCCGCUGGGCUGAUUACCGCCACCCCGAUCGCAUUACAGAGAACAGUCUAGCUAAAGUACCCGAGGGGCACUUCAACUGGGGACAGUGGAGGCAUAUGGCCAAUCCACAAGGAAUGCAGGGAUACUGGAACGAGAGGAGAGGGCAAUGGAGCUGGAGGAAUGGGUAUCAGUGGGGCGAUGCCAGGAGAGACUAG